AUGACACUUUCACACGCCCGCAGUGCCUCCACCCCCCCUUCCGACACCCAGGCCCGGCAGCAGCAGGAGCGCUGCCCUCGGCCCGGGCCGGGCCCCGCGGCGGGAGCGGGGCCGCCGGCGCCGCCUCAGUCGCAGCGCCCCAGCCCUGCAGCGCCGCGAGUAGCGCUGCCGGCGGGGAGGGUCUGGGCGGCUCCCCCGCCCCCCCCGGCACGGCCGGGCCCGCUCCGCAACUCCGCCGGGGAACAGGCGGCACGUGCUCCCCGCGCCGGGAACCCGCCCUGCCUGCCUCCCGCCCGGCCCGGCCGCCAAGCCCCCCGCCAGGCCAGCCGCCAGCCCUGCCCCGGCAAGGCCCGUCGCUCCUCAGCGGGGCCGAGCCUGGGGGGAGCCGGGGCCCCGCACGAACCUGCACGUCUGAUCCCCCUCCGCCGCUCCAGAAGCCGCGAGUCGGCGCCGCGGCCCAGCAGCCCCCGCGACCCGCCCGCCUCGCGCCUGACGCCACUUCCGGGGCGGGGGAAGCGCUGCUCCGGCCCCGCCCGCCCCCGCACGGCCCUUCCCGCCGCGGGCGCCAGAGCGUGUGGGGAGGCGGGCGCGGGCAGGGCCGGGGAGUGCCCAGAGCCGUGGGAACAGCCCUCAGCGCCCUCCGCGGCCAUCCCUCCAGGCGCGCCGGGGUCCUGGUUUUGA